AUGGACCCAUCAAUUCUCGGCGACUCACGGAGUAUGGCUUUAUCACGGUUCUUCAACUUAGAACGCAAACUACAAGCUGAACCUGAAGUAUACGCUGAAUACCGACAGUUUAUGAGUGAAUAUCAAUCACUUGGACACAUGAAGGUUGCGACCACACCGGGGAAAUACCUGAUUCCUCAUCAUGCGGUCAUAAAGUACGCUAAGGACAAGAUGAAGUUAAGAGUUGUUUUCGACGCUUCGGCUCGCACUUCUUCAGGUGUAUCAUUGAACGAUACGUUAUUUGUCGGUCCAAAAUUACAAUGCGACAUCAUGAACAUUCUACUCCGUUGUCGCUUGAAUAAAUACAUGUUCACGGCCGACAUAUGCAAAAUGUAUCGCCAAAUUAACAUUCACUCGUCACAUUGCGAUUAUCAACAUAUAUUGUGGCGAGACGAUCCUUCAAAGCCAUUGGUGGAAUAUGCCUUGACGACCGUUACCUAUGGAGUAGCCUCAUCGCCUUAUCAAGCUUUGCGUGUACUGCAUCAACUAGAAAGGGAUGAAGGGCAUCAGUUCAAGAGGGCUCUAGGCGUUCUUACUACAGAAACCUACGUCGAUGAUAUCAUAACAGGGGCAGAAACAAUCCCUGACACGCUAACCCUUCAACGUAAUGUUACUAAGUUGUUGGGUGCAGGUGGUCUAGAACUCAAGAAGUGGGCGAGCAACUGCCCAGCCGUUAUUCAGGAUAUUCCCGCAGAAGAUCGAGUAAUGGAAUCUUCUUUUGACCCUAAAGAUCAUUGUUCCGUUAAAAUCCUUGGAUUACACUGGGACCCCGUCUUGGACAUAUUUAGUUACCAUAGCGAGCCUUACACUUCUACCACAACGAAGCGAUCAGUGUUGUCUGCUAUUGCAAAAAUCUACGACCUACUUGGAAUCUUAUCCCCUAUCACCUUUUGGGCGAAAUGUUUUAUGCAAGUGUUGUGGAAAAAUGGUUAUGAUUGGGACCAGCCCAUCUCUGCCGAAAUGGCUUCUUCCAAAACGCUAUCGGACGUUAGAGGUAUUCAUAGUGAUUCUAUAGUUUAA